GGGUGAACAGCUGCAUACCAGAGCGGGGAAGCAACCGUGCCCCUUCUUCACCUUGACAGGAUGCUCCUUCCAAACUCGGGUUUGGCACAGAUGGAGGAGAAUGGAGACCCAUAGAGCCAGAGGAAACCUUGAAGGACGUUUUUCAUUGGCGUAAUGCCUGACGCACCAUCACAGCAUGUGGGAGCCCCUUGAUUUUUUCUUGCUGCUUAUAUUACUCCAGAGGAGAGGAGAGGCGCACUCUCUCGGAUAUUCGACAAAAGAGAUGGUCGAGGCCUGGCAGCAGUACCAGGAAGCCUGCUAUCGCAAGAUGUUCGAGGACCCCCCUCCCACAAGUUUGGUGUGCAACCGUACGUUUGAUAUGUACGCCUGCUGGAGCGAUACCCAACCCAACACAUCUGCCUGGGUUCCCUGCCCCUGGUACCUUCCUUGGCACCAGCAAGUACAAGACGGCUUCGUGCUCCAAAAAUGCGGCCCAGAUGGACAGUGGGUGGUGGAUGAAUCAGGCAAUCGUUGGCGGGAUCACUCCCAGUGCGAGGCCCACAAUGAAGAACUCCCCUCCCAGAACCAUUUGUGGAUUCUGGAUCAAAUCCGACUGAUGUAUACAGUGGGCUACUCUCUUUCGCUAGUGGCUCUCUUGGGGGCGCUGGCUCUGUUGGCAUUUUUCAGAAAGCUUCGAUGCAUCCGCAAUUUCAUCCACAUGAACCUUUUCCUGUCUUUCAUGCUCCGGGCCAUCUCUAUCCUUUCCCGGGACAGCCUCCUCUGGCUGCACUUCUCCAAGAACGUGCGGAACAAAGAAGCUCUUUUCCAAUCUCCUAUGCGACAGGCUACGGCGGGCUGUCGUGUAGCACAGACCCUGAGUCAGUAUUGUGUCGGCGCAAACUACUGCUGGCUCCUCGUGGAGGGCCUUUAUCUCCACAAUCUGCUGGGGCUCAAGGCCUUCUCAGAAGAGAGCUACUUCCCAGGGUAUCUGCUUCUUGGAUGGGGGACACCGAUCCUGUUUGUCCUCCCUUGGGUGAUUGUGCGAUACCUCUACGAAAACAAAGAAUGCUGGGAGAGAAAUGACCACAUGGGCUACUGGUGGAUCAUCCGUGGCCCCAUUCUACUUGCCAUCUUCGUCAACUUUGUGAUUUUCGUCCGCAUCGUUAAGAUGCUGGUCUCCAAACUCCAAGCACAACAGAUGCAUUAUGUGGAUUACAGAUUCAGGUUGGCCAAGUCGACGCUCACCCUCAUCCCUCUGCUGGGCAUCCACGAGGUGGUCUUUGCGCUGGUCACCGAGGAGCAAGCCGGGGGCAUCUUGCACUACAUCAAAUACUUCUUUGAGCUCUUCCUCAACUCCUUCCAGGGCCUGCUGGUGAGCGUCUUCUAUUGCUUCAUCAACAAGGAGGUCCAGUCCGAGAUCCGGAGAAAGUGGCAGAGAUCCCGGCUGGGUGCCAGCCUGCUUGAGAAGCAGGGCCAAAGCCACAGUACCUGCCUGUCCUGGCGCAGCUGGAGCAGCCACCGCCAAAAGGACAGGGGCCCCCAGAAAGUCCCAGGACGUCCUGAAGAAAAAACUUGCCCCCAGGCAACAGGCUUGCACCCGUCUCCCCUGGGUGGCAAAUCCUGUUGGUACAUCCCCAUCAGGAUGAAGUCUGAAGACCGAGCCGGAGAUUUUCCUGAUGCCAAGCGGGCACCUCUGAACCCCCAGAACAGCUGCUGACUACAGCUCCCUUCUGGUGGCCAAGAGAACUAAGUUGGGAGAGCAUUGCUGGCAUUCCAAAACACAAGGGGCUACAAGAAAGCCAAGGCAGCAGAAUACUCUGUGGAACAGGGGACAACUGAUGGGCUUGAGUGCUCUGUGUGGGGCUGCCACUGGACCCUCUCUGCAAACCCCCAUGUCUACAAACAGUCCUUUAGUCACCUGGGGUGAGUCACAAUCCCCUCCAGGUGACCAAGCAAACUUUGCAAACUGGAAACAAGUUUUUUUUUAAUUAUUUGUAUUUAAGUUACUGAUGCACCACAACUGACAAUAUGUGGGCCAAAACACACUUUAUCUGGGUCAUCUCAUCUUGGAUUCUCACUGUUUUCCUGACCUAAAUGAUAUCACACCCAGAGAAAGCUGCAGCGAUCCCUGCUUGAGGCAAUCCAGUCCUAAUUCUCCCACAUGAUAUACAAUUUGACCUUUUCCUCACGAGGCUGUGGAAACCAGUUUUCUUGACUGCCUGGCUGGCAUCCUCUUCCAGACACUGUUUGAAGUGCUGCUUUUUGACAUAUAAGCUUGGGCCCUCCGUAGAGUUUGCUGAAACCACUCAAAGGAAUAUUAUUUGUUUGCUAAGUCCUUACAACAAGAUGGCACAGAGCUGGGGUACACAAAGGCAGGCUGACUGGUUUCUUAUAGACUUCUUUGCUCCUUUGGGUUCCCUGGAUUCUUCCACAUGUUCUAGGCAGCCAAUGUUGAUCCAACGUUUUUAAAACUGUAUUUAUAUCCUGUCUUGGUAUGGAACUUCUGGUCAUGGGAAUUUGGCAGAGCCUUGUGGGGCCGGUUAGGAGACUCCUCUAUUUGGAAUUGUUGAAGGCCAAGUUUAAGCUGGUAAGUUGGAGGCUACCAUACUUGACGCUCGGUUCUGAAAACGUUUAUUGCUGACAGUCAAAAGAAUCAGGCAAUAUCCAUUCCAAUAAAGGAUUGAAAAUGUG